AUGCAGCGAUCAAUUAUCACAAGCCUAGUGUCGAAGUGUGGAGCUCCGAUGGUGAACAGAGCCAUGCGGCGGCCGGCGGCGGCGCCGGCGACGUGCGUCGACGUUUUCAUAAACCACAGAGGCAUAGACACGAAGCGGACGGUGGCGUCGCUGCUGUACGACCGGCUGGCCCGGUUCAGAAUCCGGUCGUUCUUGGACAACAAGAACAUGAAACCGGGCGACAAGCUGUUCGAGAAGAUUGACGGCGCCAUCGCCAAAUGCAAGGUGGGCGUCGCCGUCUUCUCCCCGCGCUACUGCGAGUCCUAUUUCUGCCUUCAUGAAUUGGCGCUUUUCGUGGAGUCCAAGAAGAAGGUGAUCCCCAUCUUCUGCGACGUUAAGCCGUCGGAGCUGCGGGUAGUCGACAAUGGGACCGUUCCGGUUCACGAAAUCGACCGGUUCAACUCCGCCCUAGAGGAGGCCAAGUACACCGUUGGCCUUGCCUUCAACUCUCAAGAAGGGAACUGGUCAGAUGUUGUCACAAAUGCUGCAGAUAUUGUAAUUGAGAGUUUGAUAGAGAUAGAGGGGGAGAAGCAAAUGGCAAAGAGAAUUACUGGGAUGUAG